GGAUAAGUUGGCAUGUUGCUCGGGAGACAAACAAUAAUCUUAGAAACAUUAAAGAGGAAUCUCAUUACCUUGUUUCCUCCUCAUAGGUCCUGCAAAAAAGCUUUUGAUUUCUAGUUUUCCUAUUAUAUUUUCCCGUCCUUCAGUUCCCCGGCGACAUUCGUCUUUAGAGCAAUCGAGCUCAGUUUCUUCGCCCACAUACCCACCAUCACACUCCCGAUCCGAGACCCAUUCUUUCGAACUGCUCCCAAGAGACAUAUUUGGGCAAAAUACAUCCAGCCUAGUCUCAAACAUCCCCUCUCCAGUCCCCUAAAUCUACGCACAAACACCAAACCAACGAAUUGCAAUAUCGCUGCCUACCAUGUCAUCCACCGCCAUGGUCUCCGGAGACGACUCGCUCGAGCCCACCCUGCAAAGCCUCCUGGACCAAAAGACGCUUCGAUGGGUAUUUGUCGGUGGGAAAGGAGGUGUCGGCAAGACAACUACCUCAUGCUCACUAGCAAUCCAGCUUGCCAAAGUCCGCAAAUCUGUUCUGCUCAUUUCCACCGACCCAGCCCAUAACCUGAGUGAUGCGUUCGGACAAAAAUUCGGAAAAGAGGCGAGGCUGGUCGACGGCUUUGACAAUCUGAGUGCCAUGGAAAUUGACCCUAAUGGGAGCAUACAAGAUCUGCUCUCCACGGGGGGUGAUCAGGCAGAUGACCCCAUGGCUGGGCUGGGGCUGGGUGGCAUGAUGCAGGAUUUGGCAUUCAGCAUACCCGGUGUCGAUGAAGCUAUGUCGUUCGCUGAAGUCCUGAAACAAGUCAAAUCCCUCUCGUACGAGGUAAUCGUAUUCGACACUGCGCCAACCGGCCAUACCCUCCGCUUCCUUCAAUUCCCCACUGUACUAGAAAAGGCUCUUGCGAAACUAUCUCAACUAUCCUCCCAAUUCGGCCCGAUGCUGAACUCCAUCCUUGGUGCGCGUGGUGGGCUCCCCGGUGGUCAAAACCUAGACGAGAUCCUCUCGAAGAUGGAAUCGCUCCGAGAGACGAUUGGAGAAGUGAAUGCGCAGUUUAAAGAUGCCGACCUCACAACGUUCGUCUGCGUAUGCAUCGCAGAGUUCCUGUCCCUGUAUGAAACCGAGCGGAUGAUCCAGGAGCUUACAAGUUACCAAAUCGAUACACACUGCAUUGUGGUCAAUCAGCUGCUAUUCCCCGGUAAGGACAGCUCGUGCGAGCAGUGCAAGGCCCGAAGGAAAAUGCAGAAAAAGUAUUUGAAUGAGAUCGAAGAUCUGUAUGAGGAUUUUAACGUCGUGCGGAUGCCGAUGUUGGUAGAGGAAGUGCGGGGGAAAGAGAAACUUGAGAAGUUUAGCGAUAUGCUUGUAAACCCAUACGUUCCACCUGAAGAGUGAUUGACUGAUUGAUUCAUAAUACAAAAUAGAUAGCCAUCGUGAACCUAGGUCUUACGUAUAAAAAGCGAAAGAAUAGAAAAAAAAUUUUUUUUGAACG